AUGCAACGUCAUUAUAGAUUACAAUUACUAAGUUUCUUAUUAGUACCAGGUUUCAUUUUUACAUUUGUUUGCCCCGUUCUGGCAACCUACACAGCGCUAACUAUCUCAGAAAUAUCACCAAUCCCUUUUUCAUGUCCACGUUCGUAUCCGUACACUUCACCGAAAAUUAAGGAAGCUUGUGAAAUUAGAGCUGCAAAUCUAAUCUUUAUGUGGUUAAACAUAAUCUGUUUAAUAAUCUUAAUUACUUUGAUUUGUUACCUUCAAAUUGAUAAACCAAAAAAGUAUAAAUCUAUAAGAGGAAAUGGAAAUGGAGGAUCAAAACGAAGGAGGAGUCAUCAAAAAUCAUCAUCAAAGCAAGCUGAAAGUAAUGCUGCUGCUUUAUUUGUUGCAAGACUUUUUGGUGAUCAAGUCUCUAAUCAAAAAAGUGAAGCUAAAAAACAACGACAGGAUGAUUCGAGAAAAAUUGUUGAUACUCAAUUACAAAUUGCAUAG